AUGGUCGAAACAAUCGAAAUCGAAACAUCAACAAUACCAAUAACAACAACAACCGUACUCAUUCCUCUGCCUAUUCUUCUCCUUCGUCACCUUCUCCAUCUCAUUCCCGUCGCCCCACUCGUUGUCACCAGACUGGCAGGGUGAGCCCGCUCACUCUGGCAGCCUGGAAUGUUCGUUCCCUUUUAGACAAUCCGAGGAGCAACCGACCGGAACGGAGGACGGCGCUCUGGCACGAGAACUGGCGCGCUACAAGGUGGACAUCGCCGCACUCAGCAAGGCCCGAUUCUCCGAACAAGGCCAACUGGAGGAGGUGGGUGCCGGCUACACCUUCUUCUGGAGCGGUCGACCCAGGGCAGAGCGACGGGACGCGGGUGUCGCCUUCGCCAUUCGGAACGACAUCGUGGGACGACUGCCCUGUUUGCCGCAGGGCAUCAACGAUCGCCUGAUGAGCCUCCGCCUGCCUCUCUGGGGAGGCAAAUUCGCCACCAUCAUCAGCGCCUACGCUCCGACGAUGACCAACCCCGACGCCGCCAGAGACAAAUUCUACGAGGACCUGCACUGCCUCUUGGCGACUGUGUCGAAGGCGGACAAGUUGAUUGUCCUUGGUUACUUCAACGCCCGCGUCGGCACAGACCAUACUGCCUGGUGAGGAAUGCUGGGUCCCCACGGUCUCCGCGGCUCAAACGACAAUGGUCUGCUGCUUCUCCGCACCUGCGCAGAACACCGCCUCAUCCUGACGAACACCUUCUUCUGUCUGCCGGAGCGAGAGAAGGCCACCUGGAGGCAUCCUCGGUCGCGCCAAUGGCACCUGCUGGACUAUGUCCUCGUCCGGAGGCGAGAUCAGCGGGAGGUGCUGGUGACAAAGGCGAUCGCGGGCGCUGACGGGUGGACCGACCAUCGCCUCGUCAUCUCGAAGAUGCGUAUUCGCCUACAGCCUCGCAGGAGACCACAAGGUAAGCGACCCCCAGGUAAGCUGAAUGUUGCCUUGUUGUCUUUGCCCGCUCACCAUCUUCAUUUCAGCAAUGAGCUAGUUCAAAGGCUAGACAACCUUCCUAUCGCUGCCGAGAACGCCUCCGUGGAGAACCGCUGGUGUCAACUGCGUGACACGGUCCAGUCGACGGCGCUCGCCGUCCUCGGUCGCGCUCCCCGCCAACACCAGGACUGGUUCGACGACAACGACGCCGCCAUCAGAAAUCUGCUAGCUGAGAAGAACCGCCUACACAAAGUCUACAUAGAUCACCCCACUGAUGCCACCAAAGCUGCCUUCUACCGCAGCCGCCGCCAACUUCAGCAACGACUGCGCGAGAUGCAGGACGCCUGGACCGCUCGCAAAGCUGAGAAGAUCCAAGGGUACGCGGACCGCAACGAAUGGAAGAGCUUCUUCUCUGCGAUCAAAGCUGUCUACGGUCCGGCGACGAAGGGCACUGCUUCUUUCCUCAGCGCCGACGGCAACACUCUCCUGACUGAGAAGACGCAAAUCCUGCAGCGAUGGGCCGAGCAUUUCCGAGGCGUCCUCAACCGCCCCUCCGUCAUCUCCGACGCCGCCAUCGAGCGUUUGCCGCAAGUGGAGACCAUCAGGGCCGUGCAGCAGCUCUCCAGCGGGAAAGCACCCGGAUCGGACACAAUCCCUGCUGACGUCUACAAGCACGGAGGUCCCCAGCUAAUGGAUCACCUGACUGCGCUCUUCCAAGACAUGUGGCGACAAGGUGAAGUCCCGCAAGAUUUCAAAUACGCAACCAUCAUGCAACUCUACAAGCGCAAAGGGAAUCGCCAAGUCUGCGACAAUCACCGCGGCAUCUCCCUGCUGAACAUCGCCGGGAAGAUCUUCGCCCGCAUCAUUCUCAACCGCCUCAAUAACCAUCUGGAACAGGGCCUUCUGCCGGAAAGCCAAUGCGGCUUCCGUCGUCAUCGUGGGACCACGGAUAUGAUCUUCGCCGCCCGUCAACUUCAGGAGAAGUGUCAGGAGAUGCGGACCCACCUGUACUCUACCUUCGUGGACCUGACGAAAGCCUUCGACACGGUGAAUCGUGAAGGACUGUGGAAGAUCAUGCAGAAAUUCGGCUGUCCGGAGCGAUUCACCCAGAUGGUGCGUCAGCUGCACGACGGUAUGAUGGCGCGAGUCACGGACAACAGAGCUGUCUCAGAGGCAUUCGCAGUGACCAAUGGAGUGAAGCAGGGCUGCGUACUGGCGCCUACCCUCUUCAGUCUUAUGUUUUCUGCCAUGCUGAUGGACGCCGACCGCGCCGAACGCCCCGGGAUCCGCAUCGCCUACAGGACGGACGGUCACCUCCUGAAUCAACGGCGGAUGCACUUCCAAUCGUGCGUGUCCACAACCACCGUUCACGAACUCCUCUUCGCCGACGACUGCGCCAUGAACACCACCUCAGAAGAGGAGAUGCAACGGAGCAUGGACCUGUUCUCCGCCGCCUGCGAGAAUUUCGGUCUGGUCAUUAACACGCAGAAGACGGUGGUGAUGCACCAACCGCCACCCAACUCAGCCACAGCCCCCAACGCGCCGCCGCAAAUCAGCGUGAACGGAACCUAA